AUGAGCGCUUCACACCCAGCCGCGGCUCAUGGAGCGCCUUCCGCAAGCACGCAAGUUGACAGCAUGGAGGACCUUAAGCGCCAUCUGAAGGAGGCCAUGGCCGAUCCUACCGAUGUGAUUGAGCAAGGGAUCGCGCCCCCGCCCUAUUUCUUUGUCUUGGAACCAGUGACCAAAGACGAAGAAGGGGCAGAAAAAUUCGAAGCGUUACUGAGCGCUGCAGCUGUCGCACGCAUCUUUGCCGCGAUGGACUUCGUCCAGGGCAGCGGUAAGGGCAAAGCAGGCGGACCCUACAGCCUCCGUAACCCGGACGAGUAUGUCCCCGCGUUCAACGAGAAGACCAAAAUAACCGUCAACACCUUCCUCACCCGCUCCAUGUCGGGCAUGUACACGCAGCUCCCGGGCGGGACAGUCUCCAAGCUUAACCUCGACAUCACCCGUCGCGACCUUCACGCUAAGAUUGUUCAGCUCAUUUUUGGUGGGUUAGAUCGAAUCGGUGAGAAGCACCGGAAGGAUCUUGACAAGCUUCUGACAAGCUUCACGACGGCACUCAAACCUUUCAAGGUUCCUGGGGCAGACAAACCGGAGAAGGAGGGCGACGAGGAUGACCAACCCGAGCUGCAGCACGCCGUGAUUGUCAACUACGUGAAAGCCACUGAUAUCACGGGUGGCUCAGGCGGUGAUGGCGGCCUCUUCAUCUACAAACCAUCCUCCCGGAUCGUGGUCUUCUCCGUCAAGCCGCGGCAGUGGUCCAUGGCCCUUGAUAAGUCGUCACACACGAAGCCGGACCCAAAGCCGGACCCGAAGCCGAAGCCUGGGCUGGGAGAGGAGCCGGAGCCAUCCGAUCCAGAUUCGACUCCAUCCGGCCACGGACAUGAUGCUGGAGCUACUCAUGGCACCGCUGAUGCCGCUUCUGCUUCUCACGGUUCCGAAAAGGUGACCACAAAGGGUUGGUGGUGGCCGAAGCCCAAACCCGACCCAGAGCAUGAGAAGAUCAAAUUCACCUUGACUACGACCAUCGUCGAGUUGGAGCUCAACGAAGACAAGUUCAAAGCCGGUAAAAGCAAAUUUGAAGCGGUCUUUAGGAGCGUGGCAAAGGACGACCAGGAACUGAGCGUCAUUGCAGACAAUGGUGGAUUGAAGGCUUUGGGAGAGAGUGCUUGCACGGUCUACCGCGAGCUCGAAGCAUGA